AUGGCAGAGGAGUACGGUAGCAGUACUUGGCAUGUAACUUUGUGUCUGCUUGUUUCGGUGUUCGUUGUUCGUUUGGUUCGUUCGUUCGUUGUCAUGUCUGGCUCACGAUCCAUCGUCGCUGUUGUUGUCGCCCUGCUCUUAUCGUUUCUCAUCAGCGCGAUAAUGUGCUUCUCAGUUUUUGCACAUAUUUUAAAAGAAAUUCCGAAUUGA